AUGGAGAAUCAUGGGAAAACCACAAACUCCGACGAGUCGCCACCGGAGUUUGAGUUUGGAUCGUUGACUCCAUCUUCUCCGUCACAAGACUCGUGCACGGAAAAUUCUCCCGCUGAUCACCUUUUCUUCAACGGCCGUCUCUUGCCACACGUUUUCCCGGCGGCGAGCAACAAUACAAUAAAGCGGUCAAUCUCGCUUACAACGAGCGAAUACACCUCCCGGAGCAAUAGUACGAACAGUCGGAGUAGCAUUUGUAGUAAUAGCAGCUCAGCUUCUUACUCUCCGCGAACCAGUAGUUGCACCGGUACCAACAACAACUACAGUCCCAUUAAUCACAAGCCGUUGGGUUUGAAACCACCGGUUAGCAGAAGUGGCAAAACCGUAAACCCGAUCAAUAAAAGUUCGUACUCGCUACCACAAUGCAAGAGGAAGAAAGCAACAGAGAUGGUGAGAGUGUGUCUAUACAGGUCGUAUUCAUCGCAGCGGUGGCAGUAUAUAAUUCCGGCGCCGGUGAAAAGAAAGGGAGGGAUAAGGGUCGGUGGCCGGAAGAAGGCGGCGGCGAGGAUGAGAAAGAAGGCGGAGGAGAUAAGAGGGAAUAGGGUGAUGAAGUGGUGGAGAGGGAUUUUAAUGGCGGCGAUUUUUGCUUGUAGAAAGUGUCAUGCAUUGUAG